UACUGGGCCGGCCGUAGGUUAGAUGUGGGCUUUCCUCGAUCCAUGCCAGGCACCUUUCCAGCGAACGGCACCUCCUCUCCCGUCUCCCGCGGGCGUCCUCGUCCCCGCUUGACGCCGCCGGCAUAGAGUGGAGAUCCAUCCGUGCUUGCGUUGAUUCCUUCUCUGUCGGCAAGCUUAACACCGGUGCUGGCGGGCGGGCGAGAUGGGGAAGGUGAAGCGCGGAUCCAUCUUCAUCAGGCUCGUGUCGGCGGCCGGGACGGGUUUCUUCUACGUGAAGCGCAAGAACCCGCGCCGGAUCACAGAGAAGCUUGAGUUCAGGAAGUACGACCCCCGCGUCAACAAGCACGUCCUCUUCACCGAAGCCAAGAUGAAGUGAGAUGUGACCGGCGAUACGAUCGAGAUCGUCGCAGACAAGUGUGAUGGACAGUGCCAUCUGGUUUCUGAACUACUAGGGUGCAUACCAUGCGUGGCUUGAAUCCUUGAUUGGAUCUCUGCUCUGAAAUAAAAAAAAUCUUUCCUUUUCUUUGCCGGCGCUGCUGCUGAACUGAGAGGUUGAGCGUAUCCAAUGUAUGCUCAUGAAGCAAACACUGCCAUGUUAUGCAAUAGCAAUUUAAAAGAUCAAUAAAUAAUAUGAGGACUGUGCUAUUGUUAUAUCUCUGCAUCAUGCAACAUGCCGGCAGAUGACAUUCUUUCCCUUUUUGAAA